UUGUGUGACACAUUUAAAGUUGCAAGUAUAAUGGCCGCCGAGUCGGGUUCUCGAUCUGUAAGGCAGCCUGAUUCAGCUUGGGAAUACUGUGGUGUGAACUUAACCAUUCACAACAUUAUUAUACCCGAGGAGCGUUUAUUCCCUACCCCAUCACAGCUGGACAAGAUGGAAUAUGAAACAGAAAUUGAUUUAAGGAUUCUUGGUUGCGAGUUAAUCCAAGACUCAGGGGUUUUGUUACGGCUACCACAGGUUGCUAUGGCAACUGCACAGGUAUUGUACCAGCGAUUUUUCUACUCCAAGUCAUUCGUCCGUCACUUCUACGAGCAUUACGCUAUGGCAUGUAUAUUUCUGGCUGCAAAGCUUGAAGAGUCUCCGAGACGUAUUAGGGACGUAAUCAAUGUUUUUCACCAUAUAAGACAAGUUCGGGACAAAAAAACACCAACACCUGUGAUUCUCGAUCAAAGUUACAGUAAUCUUAAAAAUCAAGUUAUCAAGGCUGAACGGCGUGUUUUAAAAGAAUUGGGGUUUUGUGUUCAUGCCAAACAUCCUCACAAGCUUGUUAUUUGCUACUUACAGGCUUUGGACCAUGAAACCAACAAAAACCUUGUACAAACUGCUUGGAAUUACAUGAACGACAGUCUUCGAACUGAUAUAUUUGUUCGUUAUCUUCCGGAAGCAAUUGCAUGUGGUUGCAUUUAUCUGGCAUCAUGUAAGCUCAACAUUCCUUUGCCACGCCACCCAGCUUGGUGGGAAAUGUUCAGCGUGAGCGAAGAAUCUGUUCACGAGAUCGCUUUGUGUUUGCUGCGCCUAUAUGCUCGUCCAAAGGUAGAUGUUGGGAAACUUGAGUCAGUUCUAGCUCAACUCAGGAAAUCUCAGGCAGAAGCAAAGGAACGAGAAAACGAGCUCAAGAAACAACAGACCGUCACAACACCCCCAAGUACUCGGUCCGACCACAGUUUCGGUUAUAACUCACCCCAAAAUCAUUUGUCCAAAUCUAAGAAUCAAAACAGACCUAAUGGGAAUAUGAAGUCAGUAGACAGUAAAGCGGAGCCUGAAGAUAUUACUACUGUUUUCGCCCCAAACUCGCUUUUAGCAAGCGCCUUAGCUAAUGCCAAAGCGGUCGCAGCAACGAUUACAGCAUCGAAAUCUGGCAUGAUCACAGACGAGUUGUCAAAAGUGGGUACCGACCCGUCAGCUGUUCCACAUAAAUGCGAACCUAAUGAAGACGUUUCACCAGGAUCUCCAAAACAGCUGGCUGAACCUAAUCAAAUAGAUAAUAUAUCCGACGUUUCGAAUAAAAAGCCUGAUAGAACUGUACAAGAAAACUCUGAGAGCAAAAGACGACCAAUUAUUCGACCAGCUGCCUACUCUAAUAUUCCAUGUAAUAACACAGAAUCAGAUAAAAGACGUCGACAUCAUCGACACAAAUAUUCGUCUAAAAAGCAUCAUUACAAUUCGAUCUCCUCAUCGUCUUCGUCGUCUGACCGAGAUAUUGAUCAAAACCGUUAUAAUUCAAUAAACUUAUUGACAAAUAACUCCAAAUCUCGUAAUUAUCGACAAAAAUUAAAUGAUAUAUCAUCCUCUGGCUCUGAAACAGGCGAUAGUUCUUCAAGUCCUAGCAAACACAUAAUCAGUGUGCACGAUCGCAGAAAAAACUAUAAUAAUAAACGCAAACAUAUUCCACGCUCCUCAUCAGAGGAUUCCCAAACAUCUUCUUUCAGUGAUGAACCUCGUUUUUCCCCGACUCAUCAUAAUCCAGUAAAAACUAAAAGUGAUCGCCGUCAUUUAUCACCGCCCUAUGCCUACCGAAUGGAUUAUGAUAAGUCACAUAAAAGCAAACAUCGUUCAUCAUUGCGAUCUGCACCAAAUGGUGAAAGUGGUCGUAUAUUGCGUGAGCACUCUAACCAUCGUCUAGUUUCGAGUCGACAUCACGAUCAUCACCGAAGUCUGUUUUCACUGAGGGAAUCAUCAAUUUGGGGAACUCAUUCCCAUCUUUUAUUCGGACUGCUUGUCCUGUUCAUAAAUCGUGAAGAUGGAUAUCUGCAGAUCCGUCCCCAAAAUCUUGUAUCAAAAUUACAUGGAUUGUGAAAUCUGUUUUGGCUUGGGAUAAUAAUGAUUUAUGAGGUAAACUCCGCAAUUUAGACAAACACAAUGUUAAAGAUCAUGAGAAUCUCAUGUCCAUAUUUCUCCUCGAAAAAUCAAUGGAAAUAGUAAAGAACUGUGCUCAUCUGGGUAAUUGGUUGUGAACUGCAGACAGAAAACCUCCAUUGUUUUAUGCUGGUACAGAAUGCUAGAUGCCAAUGCGGGUAAUAUUUGAUGGUGCCAGCCAAUCUAAAUUAUCGGUUGUCCUAGAGUCUCAAAAAAAAUUUAGUCUGAAAAAUUCGGUUUGAGCCAUAAUUUUUUAACAGUUGUGUCUAGUUGUUGUCGUCUCUCCAGAACUGUUCCCAUUUAGACGAAAGAUGACAUAGUUCUGUUUGCUGAAGAUGCUGACAAAAUGCAGUCUUCUGUUAGAACUGAGUUUAUUUAUUUAUUUAAACACAUAAAUAUUGGUACAAGAAAGCACCUGAUAAAUAUGUGCCUCACAAAUCUCAUUCGAUUUGUGUGAGGGCUGUGAUACUACCCAGGUGCCCAGACUGAAGCAGGUGGUUUUCUUAGGGGACCACACCCCGAGCCUUUAACCUGAAUGUCUGAUCCACAAGGCAGUGGAGCAUCGUGAGGAGAUGCAGUCCCAUGGCAGUCGGUGAUCAACGGUUGAUUCGUACGCCAUUUGUUCCCUCAGGAUACUGGAGACCAUGUGCACCAUUGGUUUGGAAUCAGGAUUUUCCAACUCCCCUAGGUGAACUUUCCGUGUCCACCAACCUGGUUACAGCGCCGGAUAUUCGCUUUUCGUCCUCUCACUUUCGUAAACAACAGUAAUACCACGAGAAGGCAGUGAGUAGGACUUCCCUGACAGAGGCUAUAUAUUCGCUGGCCAUAUGAGAUCAUUUCAAGAGGGAGAGGUGACUCUCCCCACUCUCGGCCGUACCAGGGCGUUUGGGGGCUGAGUAACAAUGCCAGGAUAUUUUUAAUGCGUUUUCCCCCCUGUACAUGUAAAUUGUUACUCCAGGACUGGCCUGCGCAACACCUGAACUAAGGAUAGGGAAUAAAGUAGUCGGACGUGCUGAUAACUUCACCUACCUUGGAAGUCUGAUCAGCCCUAAUAAGUUGGUGUAUGGAGAAAUCUCGACAUGGAUUUAAAAGCUCGUUUGGCUUUUGCCAACUUAUGGCGCAAGCGAGAUGCCUGUCUAUCAAUUAAAGGACGAAUAUACUGUUGCAAUAGUUCGUUCUGUUCUACUUUACGGCUGCGAAACGUAACCACUACGAGUAGAAGGAUCACCGCGUGAGUAAUGAUGGUAAAUCAGUUGCUGAGGUCAUGAAUCUUCAUCGACUGAAAUGUUUGGGCCACGUGUUACGUAUGUCUGGACACCGAUUACGACGACGCGCUAUGCUGACUAGUAUUGGGGAUGGUUGGAAUAGAGUGAGGGGCGGCCAAACCAAAAAAUGGCAUCGGUACUUGAAGUCACUAACUUCGAGUCUGAGUCAUGUUAGUAGAUGAAGAAUACUUGGUUGGGGUCCGUGCGACUAUCGUAACCAAUGAUUGAAGACUCUAGGUGACAUGGCUGAGAAUCGGUCACAAUGGGUAUACUCUUUGUCUUCCCUUAAACUAUGAGAUUAAAAUUAUUUCUUUCUGUAUUCUUUCUCUCUGUAUGAUAUCCUUAUAUACAAUCUUUCUUUUAUAUAUUUGUACCAUUAAGAUUACUAAGAAUUUAGUAUUGAUCUUAUUGUGCUAAUGAGGUGUGGCAACUUGGACCGAUGCAUAUAUUUUCUGGUCCUACGUUUUUAGAUGGUUGAAUGAAGAUCGGACGUCAACACUACUGAUCUGUGCAAUGAAACGAGAAAAGCUGUUACUGGAUAAUAUGAUUCUAUUUAGAUGGUGGGUUUUUUUGUUUAACCGCUAGCAACACAAAACAUUUAUAACGUUUACAAGGAUCUAUUGUUUAAGGUCAAUGGGUUAAAUAAACAAGAAAUUGUUGCAUCAAGGAUCAAACCAAUAACACUCAGGUCUCGCAGUGUGUACGUUAUUAUCAAACCAUUAAUUAAAAAUUUAAUGGUCCAUAUAUCCAACUUCAAUCAGUUUAUGAUAGAGCGCGAUAGUGAUCCAAUUUCAUCGCUAAUACAUGUUUUCCUCUGGGCAUAGUUAAAUCCCAACAGUGGCAGCCUCUACCUGAAGCAGAAGUUGAUCAUUUUUAGACACAUGAUUAUUGCUUAUUUGGUCCCUUCUUUUUAAGCUAAUCCAUCAUGAAAACUAUUACAAACGUUCUUCGGAUCUAAAAAAGCAAGAAAAUACAAAAUCUUUGAUCUCUUUUGGUGCGCACAUGUGAAUUUGUAACCACAGUUCCAUCCAAGAGCAUAGAAAGAGACUAGUUACGGUUGAUGACUUAUCUGCUGUAGUUAAAAUUUCAGAGUUUUCGUAAUAUCAACACGUUGGUAAGUUGUAGAGCAAUAGGGUUUCUUAAAGUGCAAAACAAUUUUGGAUUUCCUCGUCAACUGGAAAAGUAUCUUGCAGAUAACAGCCUCUCAUUAACUGCUCCUUAUUCUUAUCUAAGCAGUCGUAGAGUUGAAACGAAAUCUCACUUGUAGCUUAUCACCAGCAAACUAUUCGAUAUAUAUUGUAUUUCGUUGAACAUCGAUAUUCAAUUAUUGCCAGUGAUCGUAUAAAUAAUCAACCUCAUGAAUGAUCGCUACGGUUGUCAUCCAUCUACUGUCUUUAAUAAAUAUACAUCUGUUUUUCAUCAGUAUUCUCCUGUUAACGUGAGAAGUUAUGUUUCUUAUCGAGUAACAAAUUCUCCUUUUGAAGAUUUUGUCUUAGUUAUCUAUUUGACUUCUAUUUCUCACAUAUGAAUGUCUUAACAAGUUAGUGUCCAUUCACAUUUUGAAGUGCAUUGAUCCAAUAAAUCAUCUGGUUUUGAU